AUCUUUUAAUAUACUAUUUCAAACCAUUUUGCCACUGGGAGUUAGCCAACAUGUCAGACAGACAAUCCAUGGCUAUCCUAAACUUUGUUGACUGAUACUGCCUUUCUGUUACGCAAUUCUAUGUGCUUCAUCGUUGCUCGGUGAACGUCAAAGUGGCUGAAAAAAAUAUAAUGAAGCCCACUAAGGACUAAAGGUUUUCCGAACCAAUGAUUUGCGUAUGAGUUGUGAAUAAGAAAAGGGAUUUUGACAGAAGAGGCUUGGCAUUUGGCAAGAGGUGUCUCUCAAAUACAUACAGGACAACGUCAUUUGUUUACAUCGUAAGAUGCAAGAAUUUCCCAGAACGGAUAUGAUGGACGAUACUCAACUAAAAUUCCCCUUGCAAACUUGGAACUACUAUGAAAAGAAAUGUGGUCCUAACCUCGUAACCAUAAGGGCAAUUUUGCUGCAAUAGUUGACUCAGUCACCAUCAACAUUCAACUAACUGUUCAAACGUCGUCGCAAGUCUUUGGAGCACAAAAACGAACUUCAGCCUCGACGACUCUGUCACCACUAACCAGCUCCGGCGGACAGCAAGCUGCCGGUGGCAUCAGCUUUGCACAAGCGGUGGGUAAUUCAGUGGGGAAAGUAAAGAGAUGGGUUAUGGAGAAGAAGAGCCUCACUGGUCUGUGUUUGAUGGGGUGAAGACAAUUCCAGCAUCAGCUGAUGCAGUAAUUGCUGAGAUCGAUUCUGCCAUUUCUGCACUGGAGUAUGCCCGAGCUACUGCUUUCUUAUCUUCUAUUGUUGGUAAAAGUGACGACGGAAAAUUAAGUUCUAAAUACGAUGCUAAAAAGGCAGAUGAAGCUUAUAAAGCAGGGAUGGCAGCCAUGGCUGCUGGCAAGCUUGAUGAGGCCAUUCAGUUCCUAAAUAUUGCUCUUGCUAAGUGCCCGCCUGAUAAGACUUCUGCUGUUGCUAAGCUUCAGUCUCUUAUUUCUGUCACAUCUCAACAGCUUCGAAACUCCUCCAACUGAUUCUUCUAUGUGGUUAGAUGUGAAAGGGAAAGCUUUAGGUCUCAUGACAGAGUCAAUACCCCAAAAGUAAAGUCGCUGGUUAUGAAAUCCAAGUAUACAUCAUACUAUCACUCCUUUUGCUGAAUUUUCAAAAACUGAUCGUGAUGAGCCACACAAAUGACAAGCGUUAAUCUUCUUAAUCCAAGGAAGAGACUUUGUCCCCGUGACAGAGGAGUGUCAGCUCAUGCAUAAUAUUCUGCAUACAAUAUAUCUUUCUCCUCUCUCUCGUGAACUAAUUUUUCUCAUGUCUGUGCUCAGAAAAUAGCUCUGGGUGCUGAUGAAAGAGACAAAUAUCAGAAGGUUUUGAACAUCUCAAAACACUGGUGGUAGCAUCAUCAGCUGUGACAUGGGUGUUGAGCUUCCAAUGCCUUGGUCAAUGAAUAUUUGCAUCUUCAAGCUCUGGCCCACUUUUGUUGUUGGCGCGGCUGAAUAUUAUGUUUCUGUGCAUUAUAGCUCGCUUUGAGAUGAUUUCUUGAAGGCAUAUGUGAGAUAGAAGAUCAUACUUCAAUAGUUGCAUGGCAGAGGGAAACUAGUUUUGGUAGGAUCUGAAAAUUGUAAAAUGACGUUCUCGAAACUAGUUGCUGCUAUACCACUUCUGCUGUAAGUUGAUGUUCUAUCUGGUCUUUAAAGUUGUGUACAAAAACUUUUGAGUUGGAUGAUGUACAAGUAUGAAUGUAACGCUCGAUGCCCAUGGAUAAGACACGAUUGUUUAUCAGGUGGUUUUAGUUCUCUGUUUGAGAUUCAAUUUUCUAA